AAAGUAUUUUUUAAUAAAAACUUUCGACACUCAAAAACCUUUUGCAACGCCAGAAAUUGAAAUUUGGGAAUAUAUUUUAGCGAGAGCUAAAAAUGGAGCGUAUAAUCAACAGGGGGUUCAAAAAUAUUUAAAUCCAUUAGCUGAUUAUAUUAACUUAAAUCGAAUGGAUGCAGAAGAAAUUAAACAACGUAUUGAACCUUUUAAUAUUUAUUCAGAUAAAAAACUCAAAGAAGUUUAUUUUUCCAUGGCUGUUGAUAAAGGAUUAGGAUUUAUUCGUGGAGUACCUAUUUUUAAGUGGAAAAAUAGCGGCGGAUUUGGUUUAAAAGUUUUUGAUGGUGGAUUUACUGUUGAAGCCCAUGAGUUAAUACAACCUAAAUCAAUAUUAGGAGAUUUAAUCUUUAAAGGUAGAGGAGUUUAUGAAUGGAAUAUUUUAGUUGAAAAGUUGUGUAAUACAAUUUAUAUUGGCAUAUGCAAUAAUAUUAAUGUGAAUUUUAAAAAAAAUGAUCAAGAUUAUCAUGGAUGGGUUCUUGGAUCCGAUGGUUACGUUUAUCAUGAGAAAAAUUAUAAAUGGUAUGAUGCAAAAUUUAAAGAAGGGGACAAGGUUACAGUUCGUCUGGAUAUGAAAAACAGAACUUGCGCAUUUUCUGUAAAUGAUAUUAGGAAACUUAUAGUUUCUGAAUGGAAAAACAUCCCUUCUCAAGUUUGCCCUAUUGCAUCCUUAGGACAUGGUAGUAAAUUGCGUGUGAAACAAGAAUUAAUUAAAUUUUGUUAACCUUAAUGAUAAACGUUCCUUUAAUUUAAUAUAUAUUGUAAUUACUUAUAAUCAUAAUUGAUUAAAUAAAUAUUUAUUAAUUAUUUUAUAUCUGAAAAUCCUUUUCAUAAUAUUAACU